GCCAUUAGCUAACCAUAAUUAUGUAAGGUUUGUAAUUUCGGAAUGCAAGAGCUCUUUUUGACGGUUUUUAAGUGACCGCUCGGCAGAGUAUCUCUUGUCAAACAGUUUAAAAGCCAGAACGUUAUAAGAUUAAUGGAAUCAUGCGAGCUUAUGCGGUGUUAAGUGUAAUAUGGCUCGUUUGCUUCGUUCAAGGACAUCCUCAUCCCAGUUGUACAUUGCGCUCCGAUAACUGGUUAUGGUGCACCGACAGCAAUCUGGACUUCCCGAACACGUUCGACGUCAAUCGGAUCGAUAAUCGCGUUAAAAACUUGGUGUUAUACUGUCCCAAUGCCCACACAAAAAUUUACUGUAAUGUAAUUCGAAAAAAUUUUCAACCUUUCCCUCGUGGAGACUCUUUGAAACUACUGUGGAUGAACGGAUUUCGAGCCGACAAUGAAAGACGGAUCCCGCUCAAUAAGGUCUUGAAACAUGUCCGUGCUCAUAUCGAACAUCUUUCAGUCCAGCAUUCCAUGAUCGGUUACCUUGAUGCCGAGUAUUUUCUGGAUUUUUCGUCAUUGGAGAUUUUGAACUUAAAACACAACGAUAUCUAUGACAUUGCUGUCGAUACUUUCCAGUCCCUGCAGAUGGACCAAGUGACCGUUAUAAACCAUGACCAAGAAUCAUGGCAAACACGGCUCAGUAAUAUCGAGCUUGAUGGAAACGCUUUACAACAACUGGAUUGGAGCAUUUUCUAUCCUGUGCAAUCUAGUUUGCAAUCAAUUAACCUCAGUGAACAGAAGCCAAAACUCCAGCGUCUUCACAUGAGCGGUGUUGACUUUAUGGUGCGACUCAGAAGUGUCUACAUAAGGGAAACUAAUUUAACCACAAUCCCAUCGAAGAUUCUGCGCUCUAUCAACACAGGAUUAAGUACUUAUUUGUACUUUGAUAACAACUACUUGAUGUGCACUAAAGCCGACUGUUCCUGCUGUGAAAUGGAGCCGUUCAUGCGUUGGGCGGCCAAUGUCACGCAGACAAAUCCGCUCCUCAUGGUAUGUGUUACCUGUGGAGAGGAAACACACACCAGCUUUUCUUUGGGAAAUAUCUGGAGAUUAUACGAAACAUGUCCUAAGUGUUCCGAAGCAGAGGUCAUUAAUAUAAACUGCCGCGCUAGCAUUGUGAGCAUCUCCGAGUCUAACCUGGAUACGACGGAUGCAACCGUUGCCGUCUUCACUAGCGACGGAACUCUGCGUUGCAGUAUGGUUCUUCAUGAUUUCUAUCACAAUCUUCUAGAACUGACCAAUACUACUGCGCCCAGUACCACGGGGGACGCCGCUGAUGCUAUUGAAUUCAGUUGUCGCGACAAUAUAGCGACGGUUCGGGGACCGGAUCCCAACAUUCGUAAUCCCAAAAAAAUUAUGGUACAAGCGGAUAUCAGCCCGCUCUGUCACUCUGUGUUUACAAGGUUUUUAGUGUUUGCCGAGGAAACACGGUUGCACGAUUCUGACCAGACGACACCUGCACUGCCAUCGACACAACCUGUCGUUUCGAUUGAUCAGUGGAUUGACCGUUUCCUAGUUUGCUCACUUGGGGACAAUCCGGAUUUUGUAGCCACAUGCAGGACUGGCAAUGUGACAUUUUCUCAUUCGGAUCUACAAGCUGUCAAAUCGUCAGUUAUACGGAUCGACAGCGAUAUCACCACGCCCUGUCGAGCAUUUGUCGUCAAAAUCCACGAAUAUCUGUUGUCGACUGCCUACGCACAAGUGUCAACCGCGGAUUCGUCGUUGGAUGCUGUUUUAGCCGUCUGUCAGAAAGGACAAAUCGUGAUUUCCGACGGCAGUCCCAGACAUUCGGCCAAGAAAAACUUGACCUUCUACUCUGCGCCGAAUAAAUUGUGCCAAAAACUUUAUCGGGGUUUUUUGACAUAUCUUUACGGUUUUAGCCAGCCACGGAAAGAAACUCCGAACACCGCAUUUCCGCAUGACUUGUUACCAAAUAGUUAACAGUCAAUAGCAAACAAAUGUAUACGUAAUUCAUUCGCGACUUGGUUUAUCAUUAAUUCCGUUGGAUACCGUAGGUAUGCGCGCUACACUCUAUAAUAUCUAUAUGCAGUACGAAAUAUGCGUGUUGACUAAUAAUCUUAGAUUUAUUGCCGGGAC